GCGCGGCAGACGUCUCCUGUCUCGCCCGCUGCUCCCCUCAGCAGUGUAUUUCAGCCAGUCUGCCUGUUCCGCUCCCCGCUCUGUCUCCGAUGAAUCCUCUCACCCUCCCACACAUCUGGCCUGUACCCCAGUUCUUGUAUAAAAAUAAACAAAUCUAAAAAAAUAAAUAAAUGAAAUGAAAAGCCCCAGCAGGUCUUCAAUCUGGCUUCUCUGAUGUCAUUCUCCCUUUUUGUCCAGGCCUCUGCUUCUCUCUGGGGAUAUAUCAACACUCCCACCAGGCCACAGGAUGGCACACCACGACUGAUAACAGUAUAGCAAAUGCAGGCCCCUCAGGCGAAUCCUAAGGGUGGAAGCACAGACCCAGCUGGAAACCAUUUCCCCUCCACUAGGCCAGCUGUAAAACCUAGCUCUCCAGCAAAGUGCCCCGCUAGCCGCCCCCCACCUCAUGCUGGCAUGCACAGCGAGGUCAAAGUUCGCAGGAGCAGUGACCAUUGGCACAGCCUCCCUGUGGAUUCCUCCCGGGAGCCGCUGCAGGGAGGGGACUGGGCGCAACAUCCAGUCACUGCUUUCUCCUUCUCUUGUUGAACAACUGGUCAGUCCUUCUGGAAAUGGGUGUCCAUUCCUCCAAGGUUGCACCCGAAGGGGGGUUCAAGCAAGGGGAGGCUUUAGGGGCUCAGAGGCCAGAGCAGGAGGACUGGCCCGAGCCAGAGUCUGAGAGCAGAGCAGAUCCUGUGGCGGCGUCUCGACCCCAGAAUCUCCCUGCCUCUGCGGGGCAGCCAGAGCAGGUCCUAGUGUCCAGUGAGGAACAGGAGCCUGUUUGCCGGGCUUCAGGGCCUUCCUCAGACCCACCCCGCCAGCCGUCUGAGAGAGGGGAUUUACCAGUCCCGGAAGCCCAGGGGCAGCAGCCACCCCCUGGGAGGCUCCACUACCACACCAACUGCCUAGAGCAGCCCCUCGCCGGGGAUUCCAGAGGAUGGGGCUGGCUGUGGGCUCGCACCCCUGGCUCUUCCUGCAGGCUUCCCUGGCAUUGACUGCUGUCCUGGGCACCGGUUUGAUAUACCUGCCCAGGGAGACGGAAGAGAACCUGGAGGAGCAGGACACCCCUUCGGGCAGCCCAGCCAAAGCCAAGCAGCACUUCGUGCAGGCACAUUUCUCCACCAAUGAGUCCCACCUCUUCUCCCCAUUGCGGUUCAGCACCGAGGUGAACUUCGCUUCCAUCCUGGUGGUCUCCAACACUGCCAAUCUGCUGGAUCAAGACAUUUUCUCAGAAAUGAGUCAACUGGACGAGGUGGUGCAGACGCUAACCAUGCCCCUGGGAGAUGGAACCCAGGUCCUCUACCCUCAGGUGUGUGCCAGGUACCAGAGCACCUGCAUGCCCUCCAACCCACUCCUGUUCAUCUGGCAGAAGAAUAACAACAUGGACCUGAAAAGCAUCACCUUCCCUAUUUACAACACCUCCGCUGUGCCCCUCUACUUGGCCGGCCUCUUGGGAGGAACUGUCCUAGGUCCCGGCGCGGGGACAAGCCAGUUAUGCCUGCAAGCCAACGCCAUGCGGCUGCAGUACUACCUGAAGACUGCGGACCCCCAAGAACAGCGAGUGCACCAGAAGUGGCUGCUCGAGUUCCUGGACCAAAUUCACGCCAUUGAAAAGUGCCUGGCCUUGAAGAACAUCCAGGUGGUCUACUUUACAUCACUUUCUAGGAAACUGGAAUUUGAGGCGACUGCUAGGACAGUGGUCCCUUUGUUUUACACGGCAUACCUUCUGAUCACAUUAUCUGCAAUUGUAUCAUGCCACAGGGGAUAUAGAGAUAACUCCAUGAGAAACAGACACAGGCAUCUUAAUUUCUCCAUUGCAAACUGUAUCAACGAGGCCUGGGAUGACCUGAAGGCCUUUGAGGGCACUGGAGCUGCGGCCGUUAUUAGUCCCACAAUUCCAUCGGGGAGAGGACCAUACUGGCCCGUAGGCUGA